AUGAACUACUUAUUGAUGUUGUUAACUUUGUUUGCUUCCAUUAUUGUAAACAGGUUUGUUGAGAAGAUAUGUAAAACAUCUUCUAAUGGUCAGAAAUCAAUUGGUUCAUCUGGAAGCAUAAGCGUUGCCGAUGACAUUUUAGUGAAGCAUCCGUUUUCCAAUUUCCGUGAUAUUACGCUCUUGGAUAAGCCUUGUGAGGUCAUAGUUCUUGGUACGAUCAUGGGUGUGGAUGAUAAAGAUGAUUGGUACUACCUUGGUUGUGAGGAGUGCAAUCGGAAGGUUGAGACAACUUUGGUCAUUGAGGAUGCUGAAGACGGUGCUGAAGAACCGAAGUUUAAACAGGUUUUAGUUUGCUCAAAUCCUGAUUGUCCUAAGGAGGUUGUGGCUGCGACGCCGAUUUUUAGGAUUCCGAUAAGAGUACAAGAUUAUGCAGUUAUUGCCUCUUUGACUUUGUUCGACCGUGAAGCUAGAAAAAUGUUGGGUAUGACAGCAAUUCAAUUGCUUGAGAAGUCUAAAGUGGAUCAGGCAUCUCUGGAAGAGAAAACCAUUCCCUAUCAGUUUAAAUCUUUGAAUGAUAAAAAGUUUGCCUUCAAGAUUCAAAUUAGUCAAUUCAAUAUUGACAACCAUAUUGAUGGUUAUGCUGUUCAUAAGUUGGUGAAUGAUGCAGCAAUCAUUGAGUCCUUGGAGAGCCGAAUUCCAGCUGAUCAGGGUGUGGACGAGGCGGCUGCUGAUGUUUCACUUAGUGAUAUGUCAACUCAAAACCCUUUUGCUCUAAAGGAUGCUGUGGAUUCUAUUGGUGAUAGCUUCACACCCGCUUGCACAUCUAAAGAUUGUUCUAAGACUUCGUCUUCGGAAUUGAAACUUAACCUUCUAACGUGUGUUGUUGGUAGAAGUCCUUUGUCUAACAUUACGAAUGCUAAUGUUUUUGAUCCUAAUCAAGUUGAGCAUCAAGACUAUGCUGAAUGCAGAAAGUUAAGAAAACUGUAUUUGGAUAAUAAAAGAAAAAAUGCAAAUAAUAAAUCUUCCACUUCACAAAACGUCAUUCGUUCAUCCAACGUUUCACUAUCCGAUACAAAUGUUUUCCGUGUUGUAACACCAAUUCGUUCAUCCUCUUAUAUCAAUACCAUGGAUGGACGUAUUUUGCCAACCACACCUUUAACAAAUCUCUACGUGGCGUUUGAAGCUGGAAGAAGUCCAUUGGCUAAUAUUACAAAAGUUGCUUAUAAUGAUGUUGAGAAUCAAAAAUCAGCUGAACGAAGAAGAUUAAAGAAACUACAUGAAGAUAAUAAGAGACAUAAUGUGACUAACAAAUUAAACACAAGACAAAACGUAAUUCGAUCAUCCAAUGUUCCAGUAUCCGAUACAAAUGAUUGCCGUGUUGUAGCACCAAUUCGUUCAUCCUCUUAUAUCAAUACCAUUGAUCGACGUAUCUUGCCAACCACACCUUUAACAAAUUCGUACGAGGCGUAUACAUCAGUUGAAACUGAAAGAAGUCCAUUGGGUAAUAUUACAAAUGUUGCUUCUAAUGAUGUUGAGCAUCAACAAUCAGCUGAACGAAGAAAAUAUAGGAAAUUACAUUUGGAUAAUAAGAGAAAUAAUGUGAGUAACCAAUCUUCCAUUUCAAAAGACGUUACUCGGUCAUUCAAUGUUUCUGCAUCCCAUUCAAAUGAAUGCCGGAUCGUAACACCAAUGCGUUCAUUGUCUUAUAUCAAUACCAUCGAUCCACGUUUUUGCGCAACCACACCUUUAACAACUCCGUCUGAAGCAUCUACUUCAGGUGUAAAGAGGAAACAAAGAGGUAAACAAAGGUUUUCUACUAAUCAGGGUAGAAACGUAUAUCCUAUUCCAAUGGUUGACUUAUCUUCCGACGAUCAUAUUAUUCCUCGACAAUUAGCUGAAGAUCCAUAUAAAGGAGUUUCUAGCAAUUAUUUGGAUCAUGGUGAUCAAGUAGUUGUAUGCGACAUAUGUAAUGCUAAGUUGUGGAAAGUUGAGGCUGGAAAAGGAAAGGUUUACUCAGGAAGAACAACUUAUAUGCUUUGUUGUGCUUAUGGAAAAGUACAUCCUCCUAAUUUUAAAGAGACGUGUCUGGAAUAUCAAAGUCUUUUUAAGAGUUUAGACGACAAGAGCAAGCAUUUCUUACUGAAUAUUCGUCGUUUUAAUUCUAUGUUUUCGUUCACUUCAAUGGGUGGUAAAGUUGAUUCGAAAAUCAAUAGAGGAAAUGCUCCUAACUCAAACAAACCAGCAUCCGCAACUUCUGAUUUGCUUGACACUGAACUCAUAGAGUACCUUAAGGUGAUUUUAGAUUCAAAUAAUGAGCUGGUGAAAACAUAUAGACGUGUACGAGAUCGGUUUGUUGAUAAUCCUCAAGUUGACUUAAAAUUAAGGCUUAAGGCAAAUAGGUCUAAAGAUGGUCGUACAUACAACCUACCGACGUCGUCCGAAGUUGCUGCGCUUAUUGUUGGAAACAUUGAGGAAGCUCUUGAUAAUCGUGAUGUAGUUGUUGAGUCAAAGAAAGAUGGUCUACAACGUAUUAGCGAGCUUCAUCCUUCGUAUCUCGCGCUUCAGUAUCCAUUGCUUUUCCCUUUUGGUGAAGAUGGUUACCGGGUUGAUAUUCUUCAUAGAGAAGGAAGGGCAUCAACGAAGAAGAAAGAGUCAAAAUGUACAACGAGAGAGUAUUUUGCUUACCAUGUUCAAGAUAGAGUGAAUCAUUUCUCUUUGAUUCUCAAUGCUCGAAGACUUUUGCAACAGUUCUUGGUUGACCUUGGACAAAAUGGUAAUCCAGAUAUGUCAAACACUGGAACACGCGUACUACUACCGUCUUCGUUUACCGGUGGAUCGCGUUAUAUGAGGGAGAAUUAUUAUGAUGCGAUGACCAUUUGA